AUGAAAGAUGAGACUCAUUCGAGUGCGCUUCGAAUGGCCAUGCGACUGUCGUCUCCAUCAAUCAACAAGGCAUCACCGUCCGUAUUUUUGUACUCAUUCGAAAUGCCUCACCACGACUCACACAGUGGUGAUAUCAGAUUUUUGUUCGAUAAAGAUUAUUAUCCACGGCGAAAAAAGAUGAAUGAUGAUGAGUUAUCGAUGGAUAAAAUAUAUCCGACUUAUAUAAGGAUGUUCGUCAAGACUGGCCAACCCAGUAGCGAUUGGAAGGCAUUCAAUAGCGAUCAACGCAAUUUCAUGAGAAUAACGCAUGUAACAUACGAAAAUGGAUCGAUAGUUGAACCUCAAAUGCAGAAUGCUUUCUACAAUGAUGAAGCACAUUUGUGGCUGGAACAGUUCGCGAACGUCGAACGAAGAGCACUUGAAAUCAACCGAUCCAAACAACACUCUGCUAAAACAUUCCUCGCUGACGAAAUCAAAGCUGAUGAUAUAGGAGAGGAUUCCACUGAUACGCCUGUACUAUUCUGGAUGGGCUCAUUUUUAAUCACUCUAGUAUUCGUUUGCCUAGUGAUUACGCUCACUCUACUCGUUCUAAUUUUGUACAUCAGAAAGUUUGGUUAUCCGUCAUGGUUACGAAACAAAGUCAGCGACGAACAUAUUGAGGAGAGGUACAUUUUUAGAUUCUUGAAAACCUGA